AGAAGAUAUAUCCUGGUGUACAUAUAAAAGAAAAGCUUUGAAUUAGAUUUUAGUGAUGUGAUUUUUUGUAAUUAUAUGUCAAAUGGUAUAUUCCAGUCAGUCUUCAUGUUUCUAUAACUACGUUAUGCAAUGUUCAUCUGAUGUUUGAUUUUAUUCCCCAGAGAAUAUUUUGCUCCAAAUUACAACUAUGGCUGCAGCUUCAAGCUUUGUAUCACAUGUCAAUUACGGAGUGGCAUCUGGCUAUGAACCUAAAGCAACACAGAAGAAAAUUGGGUUCUUCAGUCGGUCUAUGACCCACGAUGGGUUAAGAUGCUUGAACACUGUGGACAAGUUGCACAGCAGAAGUACUGCUAAAGGGACUACUCAGCAACUGAGGAACAAACAUGUUAAGAAUCAGAAGGCUAAGGCAGAAAUUAGAGUCAUUUGCGGAAGUGGGAUGACGAUGGUUUUUGUUGGAGCAGAGGUAGGUCCAUGGAGCAAGACUGGUGGACUUGGAGAUGUUCUUGGAGGUCUGCCACCUGCAAUGGCGGCCAAUGGACAUCGUGUCAUGACUGUGGCUCCACGAUAUGAUCAGUACAAGGACGCCUGGGAUACAGGUGUUGCUGCUGAGUUUAAAGUUGGAGAUAGGACCGAGAAAGUUCGUUUCUUCCACUGCUACAAACGAGGAGUUGAUCGUGUGUUCAUCGACCACCCUAUUUUUCUUGAAAAGGUGUGGGGAAAAACUGCUUCCAAAAUCUAUGGGCCUACUGCCGGAACAGACUAUGAAGACAAUCAACUUCGAUUCAGCUUGUUAUGCCAGGCAGCUCUAGAAGCUCCAAGGGUUUUGAAUCUUAACAGCAGUCAAUAUUUCUCUGGACCCUAUGGUGAAGAUGUAGUCUUCAUUGCCAAUGACUGGCAUUGUGCCCUUCUUCCCUGCUACCUGAAAUCCAUGUACAAACCCAAGGGGUUGUACAAAACAGCCAAGGUUGCUUUCUGCAUCCACAAUAUUGCAUAUCAAGGUAGAUUUGCAUUUAGUGACUUCUCGCUCCUCAAUCUUCCGGAUGAAUUCAAGAGCUCAUUUGAUUUUAUUGAUGGGUAUGAAAAACCUGUGAAGGGAAGGAAAAUCAAUUGGAUGAAAGCUGGCAUAUUAGAGUCUGACAAGGUCAUAACAGUUAGCCCAUAUUAUGCAGAAGAACUUGUUUCUGGUAUAGAAAAAGGGGUGGAAUUGGAUAACAUCCUUCGUAAAACUGGCAUCACUGGUAUCAUCAAUGGGAUGGAUGUCCAGGAAUGGAACCCAUCCGCUGACAAAUACAUUAGUCUCAAAUAUGAUGCUUCUACUGUGAUGAAUGCAAAGCCUCUUCUGAAGGAGGCUCUCCAAGCUGAAGUAGGGUUGCCAGUGGAUAGAGACAUCCCUGUCAUAGGCUUCAUUGGCAGACUUGAAGAGCAGAAGGGUUCGGAUAUUCUUGUAGAAGCCAUCCCCCAUUUUAUUAGGGAGAAGGUUCAGAUAAUAGUCCUUGGAACUGGCAAGAAGCCAAUGGAAAAGCAGCUUCAGCAGCUGGAAAUAUUAUACCCUGACAGGGCCAGAGGCGUAGCGAAAUUUAAUGUUCCCUUGGCCCAUAUGAUAAUAGCAGGGGCAGAUUUUAUUUUGGUUCCAAGCAGAUUUGAGCCCUGUGGUCUCAUUCAACUGCAUGCUAUGCGUUAUGGAACGGUACCUAUUGUGGCUUCGACUGGUGGGUUGGUUGAUACUGUCAAGGAGGGUUUUACAGGAUUUCAAAUGGGAGCCUUCAACGUGGAGUGUGAUACCGUUGAUCCUGCAGAUGUGACUGCAGUAGCUUCAACCAUCAAAAGGGCCCUCAAAUUUUCUGGUACACCAGCUUUGGUAGAAAUUAUAAAAAAUUGCAUGGCUCAAGAUCUUUCAUGGAAGGGACCUGCUAAGAAAUGGGAAAAGGUGCUGCUAAGUCUGGGGGUUGCUGGUAGUGAACCUGGUAUUGAUGGUGAGGAGAUUGCACCUCUUGCCAAGGAAAACGUAGCGAAUCCAUGAGGCAGAAGAAUCCCCUUCAUUUCUCAAACAUCGGUGAGAUUGGAAGCCUGUUGUUUGCACUGGAGAAAGGGACGAUCAAAGCUAUGCAUUGUAUGCAUAUAAUACUCUACCAGCAACGAAAAAACAUGUCAGAUUCCAUCAUCCUUUCAGCCCAAUGUCUGGACUCUGGACUGUAGCAUUUCCCCGACGAAGAAUAGAUUCACCGCAUAUUUUUUAACCAUUUUCUUCAAAUGCCUGUGUUAGAUAUCAACUUUCCCUCUGGCAAAAAUGUUCAUCGAGCACGUAUGUGAUGUAUCCAUUUCCAGUGACCAAAUAUAGACUACCAUUGAUGUAAAUUUGACUAGUUCAUUUCGUAAAUAGAUGGAUCAAAGAAAAAAACCUGUGUUUA